AUGCCCCGCGACCUCAAGCUCGCCCACACGCUCACCCGCCGCUACGCCUCGCACGCCCCACUCCCGCCCUCGCACUCGCCCCCUCGUCCGCCAACAAUGACCCGCACAACGCCCCCGAGAGACGGCGACACCCUCGGCGGCCUCCCUCUCUACCCGCGCAACAACAUCUUUGGCAACCCUCUCGUGCCCGCCCCGGUCGGCAACGGCCCGCAGACGGGCUUCUUCCGCAACAACUACUGCGACGCGUCGCCCGCCGACCCGGCGAGCCACACCGUCGCCGCCGUCGUCACGCCCGAGUUCCUCGACUUCUCCAAGAGCCGCGGCAACGACCUGUGGCCCCUCUUCCCCUCGAUGCGCGCCGCCCAACCCGCCUCGCCCUCCCCCUCGGCCCCGAUCACCCCUCCCGCGACCCCGGCACCCUCGUCAGCCGCCCAGCCCGAGCCCUGCGUGUGGUGCCUGUGCGCCUCGCGGUGGUUCGAGGCGUUCCGCGCCGCGGCGACGCAUCCGCUCGGCGACGCCAUCAUCCCGCGCGUCGUCCUCGAGGCGACGCACGAGCGCGCGCCCGCCGACGGCAACUUUGACCGCAGCAUCCUCGAAAAGUGGGCGGCAGGAGGCGACGGGAGCGGGAGGCUGACCACAGGUGGGACGAGCGGCGGCACCGGUGGGCAGGGAGGAGGACGAGGAGGCGAGGACGUUGGGCGCUGAGCUGCGGCCGAGAGGGCGGGACUUGUAGCUUGUCAGGGGGCGUGUGUACGUGUCGUGUCGUGUAUCUAGCUGCUUUAGCUCUGUC